AUGCCGCAUAAUCGAUCGACUAUGGAAGAUUUGUAUGCGGGUUUGGACACAUCCACCAACGCCUUGGAGAAGAAGGAAGCUUUAGACCUUAAAGUUAAAUUCGAGCAAGAUAACAAGCGACUGCGUGAUGAAAUAGCGCAGCUGCAGGAGCAUAAUCGUCAGCUUGGUGCUGCCAAUAAACAGCUCGAGAUGAACAUUUCCGCGCUUUUCGCAACAGCACAACUGGAGCUCAGUCGUAAGGACAAUGAGAUUCGACGGCUGCGUUGUCAAUUGGAAGGUCAAGUGGAUAGCACGUAG